AGUCGCGAUCAGCCAGCCAGAGAGGCUCCAGUUCGCCCUCUCUCGGUUCCUCCGUCUCGUCUUCUCUUCUUCGAGUCUCUCCCCUUCCUUUAAACUUUCCCUCUUGCUCUCCUGUCAAUCUCACCCACACCACUCCCCAUUAGCCACUCUCAUCUUUCCUCUCUUGUAGCUGUCCGCGACGUUGUGCCUGUUCGCUCCUCCCUCAGCCUACCCUCUUACACGAGUCUCACACACUCGCCAGAACCGCCAUAAUCUCUCCAACACCACCACCACCUCAGCCCUUCUGGGGACCAACAACCACCACACCAUCAAUACCUCAGCGAACCUAGGCCUUUUGAUUGACCCUGUGUCACCAAGCUAUCAGCUCCGGCCAUUGUUGGUUUGUGCGUACAGCGGCAUACUAAUCCUCAUUUCACUACAGACACCGUCGACCUACAUCAGUCAUGUCCACCUUUGGUCGUCAGUCUUCAAACUCGGCGCCAGUGCUUUCCAUGUCACCUCAACCUGUUCUUCAGAAUCCCUUUGGAGGCGCAGCCUUCACUCCCAGCCACCCUGCACCAGAAUCACACUACACCUCCGGUGUCCCUCCAGCGGCGUCUACAGCCAGGAAGCGCUCACGCGACGAGGCUGCCGUCAAUCUUGAACCCGAUGCGCCUCCCGCUCCCCUAGAGGAGGAGUCCGAGGAAGGAUGGACGCUUGGCCCGGGCAUGACCCUCAUCAAGCCGAACAAAGGCUAUGUUGCAGACGCGGCGAGUCAAUCUGGUACCUGGCUCGAAGAGCGCAAGGCGGCCGAUGAGGAGGCACGCCUCAAAUUCGAGCGCGAGCAGAUGGCCGCGCGCAGCAAGAAGCUGCAGCGUGUAGACACCAGCGAUCCCACCCUGCUGCCUCUCACACCCGCGGCCUCUGACAUUACCUCGUCGCCCCCGAAAGCAGCACCCGUCGUGGAUGACUUCACCGUACACCUCGGCAUCGGGUGGCGCAAGAUCAGCGACGACGAGCACAUUCAGGCCGCUGCCCGUGGCUGGGCACGUUUCAUCGAAAAGCACUAUCCUGUGAGCAACGCGCAGAUUCGCCUUGAAAGCAAGGGCCUCGAGUCUUAUCUCGUCGAGUGCAACGAGGGCUUUUUCCUCUUCGCAGAGGACCUUCGUCAGGGCCGCCUCGUCAGCACCAGCAUCGAGGGCGCUUUCCGCAACCUGCAGUCCUCGCCGCCCGUGUUUGACGGUGCGGAUACCCUCAAGGCUGUGGAAUCGCCCCCGCCCAUGACGUCGCAAGCGGAGCAUCAAUUGGAGGCGCAGAUGCACCUGGAUUAAGACUCUUCUUUGCCUUCCUCGUUCUUUUAUCGUGGGUUUAGGGUUCAACGGGCUUUAGGUGACGUGAUACGCGGUAAAUGCAUGACUUUACAUUGGGAUGUGAUGGGACUGGAAAGGGGUGGCACUGGGACACUGGCGUUUGGGUUUUUGACAGCAGACAAUUGGGGAACACAACUCUAGCGGGACAGGUUGCUCCUGAUUUUUCGUAACAGAAUAAAAGCGAAUUGAAUUCCAAAAUUCAAAGUGUAA